UAAUCCACUGAUGUCUUAUUUAAUAAAUACAUUAAAAACUAAUUUAUCAUCUUGCACAACAUCACGUCAUCUCAUAAUACGUUUUAUGAGUUCAUCAAGUUCUGUAAUAUCCGCAAACAAGAAACACUUGGUUCCUACAUCUGGUACAUAUCCUGCUGGAUUUAAGGUAACAGGUCUUCAUUGUGGCGUAAAGAAAAAUGGAACAAAAGAUUUAGCUUUAAUUGUUUCCGAUAGACCAUGUACUGCUGCUUCAGUAUUCACUACCAACGUAUUUAAAGCCGCACCGGUUUUAUUAUCACGUGAAAUUUUAGAAAAGAAAACAGGACAAAAUAUUCAUGGAAUAGUCACAAAUUCUGGAUGUGCUAAUGCUGUAACUGGUGUAAAAGGGAUUGAAAAUGCAAAAAAAAUGUCUGAUGAAGUUUCAAAAUUAGUUGGUGUAGAAUCAAGUACUUUAGUUAUGUCAACUGGUGUUAUCGGUCAACAUUUACAAAUUGAAAAAAUCGUACAAGGAAUAAAUUCCGCAUAUCAAAAAGCUACUGAUGGAACUCACGAAGGAUGGAUGGAAGUAGCUGAAGCAAUUAUGACUACUGAUACUUUUCCUAAACUUCGAUCCGAUCGAUUCGUUUUACCUUCUGGGUUAAGUUAUAAUAUGGCAGGAAUUACUAAAGGUGCAGGAAUGAUUCAUCCUAAUAUGGCGACACUUUUAGCAACAAUUGUGACAGAUGCACCAAUUUCUGCACCUGUACUAAAUGAAGCACUUAAAUAUGCGGUGGAUAGAUCUUUCAACUCAAUCAGUAUAGAUGGAGAUAUGAGUACGAAUGAUACUUUUGCUAUCUUGGCAAAUGGAGCUGCUGCAAGUGAUCAGGGAAAAAUGAUUAAUGAUGUAAAAGGACAAGAUUAUUUACAAUUUCGAGAUGAUCUUACGAACUUUGCAGCUGACUUGGCUAAAUUAGUAGUUAGAGAUGGCGAAGGUGCUACGAAAUUUGUUACUAUACAUGUUAAGGGAGCACCAACAUUUUCCGAUGCCAAAAAAGUGGCAUCCACAAUUUCAACAUCAGCACUUGUAAAAACCGCACUUUUUGGUCAAGAUGCAAAUUGGGGUAGAGUUCUUUGUGCAGUUGGUUACUCUGGUGUUUCAUCCAUCGUUCCGAACAAAGUUUCUGUUUCAUUUAUACCAACUGAUGGAUCAACACCUUUAAAACUGCUUACUCUUGGUGAACCCGAAAAUGUUGAUGAAGAUAGAGCGUUGGAAAUUUUAAAGAUGGAAGAACUGGAAAUUAGAGUAGAUUUGGGUAUUGGUAAUGAGGAAGCUAAAAUGUGGACAUGCGAUUUUAGUUAUGAAUAUAUUAAAAUCAAUGCCGAAUAUAGAAGUUAA